AAAAGGACCUGUCCUUCUUACAUGGAAGCAAGAAAUCAAACAAGUGCUUCAGAAUUCUUACUCCUGGGAUUUUCCCAAGACUCAGUGCCUCAACCCCUUCUCUUUGCUCUGUUCUUAUCCAUGUACCUGGUCACCAUGCUUGGGAACCUGCUCAUCAUCCUGGCCAUCAGCUGUGACUCCCACCUCCACACCCCCAUGUACUUCUUCCUCUCCAACUUGUCCUUUGCUGACAUAAGUUUUAUCUCCACCACAGUCCCUAAGAUGCUGAUGAACAUCCAAACACGGAGCAAAUCCAUCACCUAUGCAGGCUGCAUCACCCAGAUGUAUUUCUUUAUGGUUUUUGGAGGUAUGGACACUUUUCUCCUCACUGUGAUGGCCUAUGACCGGUUUGUGGCCAUCUGCCACCCCUUGCACUACCCAGUCAUCAUGAACCCACAGCUCUGUGGCCUCCUGGUUCUCAUAUCCUGGUUCAUCAGCUUGUCAUACUCCCUGACCCAGAGUCUGUUGAUACUACGGCUUUCCUUCUGCACCAACUGGGCAAUUCCACACUUUUACUGUGAACUUGCUAAGGCCCUCACCCUUGCCUGCUCAGACACAUUGGUCAAUCACAUCCUGCUAUAUAUAGUAACUAUCCUUCUUGGCAUCAUUCCCUUCUCUGGAAUCCUUUUCUCCUAUACCAGAAUCACCUCUUCAAUCCUGAGAAUCCCAUCAAAUAAUGGGAGGUACAAGGCAUUUUCUACCUGUGCAUCUCACCUGACUGUGGUUUCUUUAUUCUAUGGGGCAGGCCUUGGUGUGUAUCUCAGUUCUGAUGCAUCUUCCUGGAGGGGCAUGAUUGCCUCGGUGAUGUACACUGUGGUCACCCCAAUGCUGAACCCCUUCAUCUACAGCCUACGGAACAGGGACCUCAAGAGGGCUCUACAAACAGUUUUGGGGAGAACAAUCUACAUUCAGUGA